AUGACCACCCCCAAACCCAACCAUGACCACCCUGGUCCUUCCCCGCCUCCCAACUGCCCCCCAAACACCACCCCCCCCCUCCCUAUCCGGGCUGGCCCUCCCCAUGCCAGGCAAGGCCACCACCCCCCCCACCCCAGAGCAGGCCGUGUCCCUCAGGGCCACCAGCGGCCGUACCGCACGGUGAGCGCCCGCGCGGCCGAGGACUCCACCAUCCUGCGCCUGCCCGUCGAGGCCUUCUCGGCCAUCUUCGAGAAGUACCCCGAGAGCCUGGUGCGGGUGGUGCAGAUCAUCAUGGUGCGCCUGCAGCGCGUCACCUUCCUGGCCUUGCACAACUACCUGGGCUUGACCAACGAGCUCUUCAGCCACGACAUGCAGCCCCUGAAGCUCUUCCCCCAACCCGGCCACGCCGCCCGCACCAGCCCCGUCCGGCACAGCAAGAGGGGCCUGGGCAGCACCGACGAGGGCCGGGAGCAGGCUGAGCUGCUGAAAAGCGCGGGACUGGAGACCCCGGUGGUGCCGCCGCCGCCCUCCCUGAGCCGCUGCAUCUCCAUGCCCGUGGAUAUCUCCGGCAUCCAGAGGGGUCCCCGCUCCGACUUCGACAUGGCCUACGAGCGCGGCCGCAUCUCGGUGUCGCUGCAGGACGACAGCUCGGGGGGCAUGGCCGGCUUCGCUCGGCGUCCCUCCCUGUCCCCGUCCCCACAGGUCGUCACCCGCCUCAUCCACCUGCUGAGCCAGAAGAUCCUGGGGAACCUCCAGCAGCUCCGAGCGCCCUUCGCGAGCUCUGGCCUGGGCGUGGCCUCCAGCUCGGAGCCCAUCAACCCCACCAGCAACCUGUCGACGGUGGCGGUGCUGCCGGUGUGCCAGGAGGUGCCCACGACCGCCUUCACGCUGGAGCUGCAGCACGCGCUCACCGACGUCGGCCCCACGCUGCUCCUCACCAGCGACAUCAUCCGCGCCCGCCUGGGCUCCUCGGCGCUGGACAGCAUCCAGGAGUACCGGCUGUCGGGCUGGCUGGCGCAGCAGGAGGACAUCCACCGCAUCGUCCUCUACCAGACCGACUGCACCCUCACCACCUGGACCCUGCGCUGCUUCCGCCAGGCCGACUGCAUCCUCAUCGUGGGGCUGGGGGACCAGGAGCCCGAGCUGGGGGAGCUGGAGCAGAUGCUGGAGAACACGGCAGUGCGGGCGCUGAAGCAGCUGGUGCUGCUGCACCGCGAGGACGGGCCCAGCCCGGCGCGCACCGUCGAGUGGCUCAACAUGCGCAGCUGGUGCUCGGGGCACCUGCACAUCCGCUGCCCCCGCCGCGUCUUCUCCCGCCGCAGCCCCGCCAAGCUGCGGGAGAUGUACGAGAAGGUGUUUGAGAAGGAGCCCGACCGCCACAGCGACUUCUCCCGCCUGGCGCGGGUCCUCACCGGCAACACCAUCGCCCUGGUGCUGGGCGGCGGCGGGGCCAGGGGCUGCUCCCACAUCGGGGUGAUCAAGGCCAUGGAGGAGUCGGGGAUCCCCAUCGACAUGGUGGGCGGCACCUCCAUCGGCGCCUUCAUCGGCGCUCUCUACGCCGAGGAGCGCAGCGCCGUGCGCACCAUGCAGCGGGCACGGGAGUGGGCCAAGGUGGGCUCGCUCUGGCGCUACGUGCGAGCCAGCAUGACCCUCUCGGGGUACCUCCCGCCCCUCUGCGACCCCAAGGACGGCAACUUGCUGAUGGACGGGGGUUACAUCAACAACCUGCCAGGCAAGGAUGUUGGGGACACUGGGGACAUGGGGGACAUUGGGGACAGCGUGGGGUGCCCCCAGGUGCCCGACAUGGCCGAGAUCCAGUCCCGCCUGGCCUACGUGUCGUGCGUGAGGCAGCUGGAGGUGGUGAAGUCCAGCUCGUACUGCGAGUACAUCCGGCCGCCCAUCGACCGCUUCAAGACCAUGGACUUCGGCAAGUUCGACGAGAUCUACGACGUGGGGUACCAGCACGGCAAGGUGGUGUUCGAGGCCUGGCGCCAGGGGGAUGUCAUCGACAAGAUGGUCCGAGACCGGCGCUCGGCCGACUUCUACGAGAGCAAGCGCAUGGAUGUGAGGAGGGGGGGACACUCUGGGGCCUCGAGCUCCUUCCUGCUGUACAACGAGCACCGCCAGCAGUGCGUGGAGGCCGUGGGCCGCCUCCUCACGGCCACGCGGUGCCAGCCCGCGGCCCCCACGCAGCGCUUCCAGUGGCUGCCGGGCGGGCGUCUCCGCAGCGCGGCCUCGGGGCUCUGCGUGACGCCCACGGCGCGCCAGAACCUGGCGCUGGUGCGGCUGGCACCGUGCCGGGAGGACUCGCGUGGGGGGCAGCGCUGGGAGUGCCGCCCGGGGGGGCUCCUGGCCCUGCCCGGCCUCGACCUGCACUUCAACUACGGCAACAACGCCCGCAACGAGGUGAUGCUCUACACGGGCACCCGCGAGUGGAGCCGCUGGCUCGUCCACGGCACGCGCGACGAGCUCUGCUCGCGCUCGG